CCAAAACCGCCUUUUGUUUCGCUUAUUCCGUCCAUAAAACGACGCCCCGACUUCCUUUCCUUCGUCUCUCUCUCUCUCUCUCUCUCUCUCUCUCUGGUUUGCGAGAAGUCUCGACGGUUUUCCUUUCCUUCGUCUGCUCUUCGAGAAAUCAAAGAAUCAGAGAUUCAGAUCCAUGGCGGAAGAGCGAAGAUGCCAUGAAGGUAUCCGAUGCGCGAACAACUGCGGGUUUUUUGGCAGCCCGGCAACCCAUAACCUCUGCUCCAAGUGCUACCGCGAUCAUCUCAAAACAGAGCAGGAUCUGAUAGCCGUCGAGAAAACCCUUCUCGCUUCCUCCUUCUCCUCAUCCUCCUCCUCCUCCUCUGCUCCCUCCACAGCCCUUUUCUCGUCUCCCCCAUCCGCCGCCGCAGCAGCUGCGGUAUCUCUAGAAUCGGCCGCCGUUGAGCCGGUGGCGGAGGGGCCGAGGCGGUGUACAUCUUGCAAGAAGAAGGUGGGGCUCACCGGGUUUAAGUGCCGGUGCGGGUUUACGUUCUGUGGGGCCCACCGGUACCCGGAGCAGCACGCCUGUGGCUUCGACUACAAGUCGGCCGGCCGGGAGGCCAUCGCCCGGUCCAACCCGGUCGUCCAGGCCGAUAAGCUGCAGAAGUUCUAGAAAAUGUUCCUUACAUGUGAUCGACGGCUGUGAUCGUACUAUGGGUCCCGUUAAGUUUGGUUGUGCUGGUGUGGGUCUGGUCGGGUCCGUUUACGUGUCUGUAACUUUUAAGAAUUUUCUGUUUAAUUUAAAAAAUUAAUAUCCGUGUUAUUUAGUAGUAUUAAUUGUGUU